UCAGGGAUCGGGGCUCAGGGGCUCUCCCCAGGGUGGGCACCUGCCAAGCGACUCCCAACAACGAUGUCCUUCUCUGGCACCAAUCUCAAGCUGGAGCGGCUAGAAGAGCAGCAGUUGGAGGGCCCCGCCUACCAGCUAAGCCAACCUAGGGGCUGCGGUGACAUGGCGGGCCCUUACCCUGACAGUGAUCUCAUUUCCCAAUGGCUGCGCAGGAGUGUGAAGGCCAAGCUGGCAGAGGCCUGUGACUCAGGCGAGUCUUCCCAGGGAGACAGGGAGGUCCCAGCGAAGAGGGGUCUUGAUCCAGAAGGUGCCAAGGACUUUGCCUGGGCCAAGCGGGCCCGGGUAGAGAACAUUGUGUGCAGCAUCAGCAGCUCGUACCGUGAUGGGAGCCUGGAAGAAGGGGGCACCGGGUACGGCCGCUCCCGCCGGGCCCAGGAGCGGAGCCAGCUCAAGCAGCAGCUGGAGAAGAUGCGUGAGCAAGUGUUCCAGCUGCAGGAGAAACUGUGCCAGAUCUACAGCGGGGUGGCUAGAGAGGAAGGAAGCAAUGUGGGAGCAGCCUGGUCCCAGGAGCCAGGCAGAGUUGGAGCCAGCACCCGGCGUCCUGGGGGAGGGAGUAGGCACCCUGGCACCCUGGCUGAAGCCCUGAAGGAGGAGCUUGGGGCAGCCAUGACCCAGGUGGUGGACACAGUCGUGCAGGUGUUUUCCCGCCAGCAACCCCCACCGGAGGAGCCACCCUGCAGUUACCCAAGUGACCAGACAGAGGCACUGCCCCUGGUGGUGAGGAAGAGCCUGCCCCAUGCCUGCCCUGAGCUGGUGGCCGGCACCUUCCCCCAGCCCAUGGCUGUGUCUCCAUACCUGUCGGCCUUCAAGGACAGAGCAGCGGGAGAGGCCUACUGGGAGGGUGUGAGCCUGCGCACCAAGCUGUCCUCCCGCCACCUGCUGCAGCCGCACUGUGCCCUCUUCCAGCUGGCAGGGCCGACUGACCACCAGCUCCCCAAGAGCCAGGCCACAGAGACGCACCAUGGCCUGGAGCCAACCCUCUACAAGCCCUCAAUAUCCUUUAGUAGCCAGCCAGGAAACAGGGAGGGCCUCACCCCUGUGCACUUGAAGAAGGCCAAGCUGAUGUUCUUCUACACUCGCUAUCCCAGCUCCGGGACGCUCAAGACCUAUUUCUCCGAUGUCAAGUUCAAUCGCUGCAUCACAUCCCAGCUCAUCAAGUGGUUCAGCAACUUCCGGGAGUUCUUCUACAUCCAGAUGGAGAAGUUCUCACGCCAGGCAUUGAGCGAUGGGGUGCUCAGCGCUGAGACGCUGACUGUCACCCGGGACUCGGAGCUGGCACGUGUCCUCAACCAGCACUACAACAAAGCCAAUGACUACGAGAUCCCCAGCAAGUUCCUGGAGGUCUCCCAGAUCACCCUGCGUGAGUUCUUUAAUGCCAUCUCCCAGGGCUGUGAUGCUGACCCCUCCUGGAAGAAAUCCAUCUACAAGGUUAUCUGCAAACUGGAGUGCGACAUCCCCGAUGCCUUCAAAUCCCCCCACGGCCUGCCGGACACUGUGCAUGAGUGACUGGGGGAGGGGUGCUCCAGAGUUGAGGUCCUUGGCGGGGGUCAGGGGAGGAGGGCUCUGGUAAUUUAUUUC